UAAUGUGAACAUGUUCUAGUAGAAACCAAAAACACAAGUAUAUACAAAUACCUGAAAAUUAGCACAAUAGGUCCUCUUUAAAAGGAUUUAAAAUCUUACUAUUUAUGUGGUUACAAACUACACUGAGGUAUCAUAUGGUGACUGGUAAUAAUUGGUCCGUUCCUUUUAUCUGAGUGGUGGGGUUGAAAGGGAAAGGACAAUGCAGCCCUGUGGAUCUGAUAUCUGCGUUUCCACAGCAACGCAUAUUAAAUUACGUGGAGGCUUACAGGUGGUGGACUUUAAACAGAGGUGGAGGGACAGGUGACGCAGACCACAGGAAACUCUCUUCUUCCUGGAAAGAGACAAGGCAACCGCAACAAUGGCUAAAUUCUUCACACCAGUUCAAAUCAAUGAGUUCAAGGAGUGCUUCUCCUUGUAUGACAAGAAGCAAAAGGGCAAGAUUGUUGUUAAAGAUCUGAUCACAGUUAUGCGCUGCCUGGGAACAAGCCCCACGUUCGGUGAAAUUGAAAGACAUCUACAGGUUCACAAAAUCGAAAAGACAGGUGAGCUGGACUUCUCUACGUUUCUGACGAUGAUGCACAGACAGAUGCAACAAGAAGACCCCAAGACAGAAAUCCUGGAGGCCUUGAGGAUGACGGACAAACAGAAGAAAGGGUACAUCCAGGCCUCUGAGCUCCGGGCCAAGCUCACCAUGCUGGGGGAGAAACUCACACACAAAGAAGUGGAUGAACUCUUCAAAGAGGCCAACGUCAAGUCAAACGGGACCGUCAACUAUGAAGAGUUCACCCACAUGGUGACGCUGCCACCUGUCGAUUACUGAUCUUUCAGCCAUGAUGGGGAAGUGACUUUACGGACACUGAACCUGAUGGUUGAAGUGUGCAGAUAUCUCAAUUGUCAGGCAUUUGAUAUUUGUGAACAUCAACUGAAACAUAAGUGACUUGUAAUUUGCAUUUUUUUUCAAAAGUUUUAUUUUGUAGUAUAAAGCACAGUAUAUAAAUAUCCAUAUGUAAUAAUAACACAUCACUGAUUAAUACAUGAAUAACAUUUUCUCAGAAACAUGUAAUUGUUGUAUGACCUAUUAACAGUUCAUCUAAAUGGAGUUUACAGUGAGAUAUUUUUAAGAGAUUGUAGUUAGCCAACUGAUUGUAAAAUGUGUUUAGUAGCUAUUAUUAGCCACUCGGCUAGAGUCUGGAUUUUUGUGCUUGGAAACCAACAUAAUCAUUAAAAUGUACAAAUAUGAACAACAGAAAAGAUACAGAAACAAAUCAGUCCAAAAAAUGAGAAAAAGGUAAAGGCUUGCAUAAUCCCUGCAGUCAACUGUGUUUCAUAUGUUUAUAAGUGGAAUGUGAAUUCAUCAGCCCAUUACAAAUCUAAUUGACCCUUCCAGCCCUCCCCUGAUUGUUCAAUCAGUUAAACAAUCCUAAUUGGGCAUGGCAGGUGUGUCUAGGUUUGGAGUCUUCUA